AAUCGAACCGCUUGUUGCGUCCUCUUUCCGCCGCUUUCGGUCAUUUCUCUCUCGUUCACUGUUGGUUUCUUCUCUCCUACUAGCCUCUCUCUCUCUCUCUCUCUCUCUCUCUCUCUGUCUAGACCGUAAUCUGUGAAAGCUUGCAAUUGAUUGAAGAGAUUUGGGGGUAAAAAUGGAGGGAGUACAGGACACGGCGACGAUGAGUAGCUCAGCACCGAAUGCAAUCGCGAGUUCGCCACCGCCUUUUCUGAGCAAGACCUACGACAUGGUGAACGAUCCAUCUACGGACUCGAUCGUGUCGUGGAGUAACAAUAACAACAGCUUCGUGGUCUGGAACGUCCCUGAGUUCGCUAGAGAUCUCUUGCCUAAGUGUUUCAAGCACAACAACUUCUCUAGCUUCGUCAGACAGUUGAACACUUAUGGUUUCAGGAAGGUCGAUCCAGAUCACUGGGAGUUUGCCAAUGAAGGGUUUCUUAGAGGCCAAAAGCACCUUUUGAAGAUCAUUAGCAGGAGAAAACCCACGAAUGUACAUAGCCAUCAACAAUCUCCUAAAGUCCAAGACAAACCAGUGGGUUCUUGUUUUGAGGUAGAAAAGUUUGGGCAUGAGGAAGAGAUUGAAAAACUUAAAAGGGAUAAGAAUGUCCUCGUGCAGGAGCUUGUCAGAUUGAGGCAACAGCAACAAGCAACCGAUCAUCAGUUGCAAGCAGUUGGGCAACGCGUUCAGGUGAUGGAGCAGCGGCAGCAGCAUACGAUGUCAUUCCUUGCGAAGGCCAUGCAGAGCCCUGGCUUCCUAGCCCAGUUAGUAGAACAGAAAAAUGAAAGCAACAGGCGCAUUUCUGGGGUUAACAAGAAAAGGAGACUUCCUAAUCAAGAAGAAGAAAGUAAUUCAGUCGGCAAGCAUGACACUGCUUCACCCGAUGGACAGAUUGUUAAGUAUCAACCAUUAAUGAAUGAGGCAGCGAAAGCAAUGCUGCGGCAAAUCUCGAAAAUGAAUGCAUCUCCUAGGUUAGAAUCGACAUUCAGUGGCCCCAGUGGCUUCUUGAUUGAUAACAUACCAUCUCCUCCCCAAGCAUUGGAUAGGGGUAACACCUCCAAUCGGGUUUCAGGAGUGACCCUUUCAGAGGUACUACCGAUUUCCUCUGAGUCGUAUUUAUCGACAGAGUUGGGAAUGCCCGUCAGUUGUCCUUCACCUGCUGUUUCUGAGAUCCAAUCUUCUCCUUGUGUGACAUCUGGCCCAGCUAAAGUAGCUCAGUUCCCUGAAAUGAUCAUUAAUACACAGGAAGAUACAGUUCUGCCCAACUUCUCUCAAGUACAAGAAAUCAUGCCAGAAAGCACCGUUGAAGUCUCUGACUUGAAUUCUGGGACUGGAAAUACAGGUUUUAUAGAUUCGAUGUCUGGAUUCAUUGAUGGGUCAAUGCCUGCUGUGACUGACGACUUUUCUUCUGAUACCGAUGUUGAUAUCAUGCUGGAUGAUAUUCCCAAGCUUCCAGGCAUAAAUGAUGUUUUCUGGGAACAAUUUCUCUCAGUAAGCCCACUUACCAGGGACACAGAUGAGAUUAAUUCUAACACAUUGGAAUGCUGUAUUGGCAAGGAACUGGAUCGGCAAACAGGUUGGGACAGUGGAUGGGACAAGACCCAACAUAUGAUUCACCUUACUGAACAAAUGGGACUUCUUGCAGCAGAGGCCAAUAGGGGGUGAUCUUGUCUUCCAUAUUGUAUAUCGUGUCUCGUGAUCUGGAGGUUGAUCUUCUGCACUGCUGGGCAGACAAAGGCUUUUUGUUCAAAGACUGAUGAGCAGUUGUGUUUGAAACUUUAAGAAUUUUUUGACGUCUUUGUUUAUCUGUAUUUCAUAGCCUUCCUUAUUUUAAAUGCAUGGUUUAUAAGACCUUUUAUGUUUAACGUUUAUGAUGCAAUAUAAUCCUGUGAAUGAGGUAUAAAUAAAUACCCUCCUUGAUACCA